ACCCGAUUUUGAAAAUUUUCUGGACGGCCGAUGGUCUUGGUUCGGGUGGUUACUCUUUGGGUACCAUCCCGGGUUUGCCGGGUGUCCUAUAAAGCCCGGUCUGACUCUACUCGUCACGCCCCGAUUUGCGCUCUUGCCCUCAUUUUUCGCCCUUGAUACCCUUCUGCGAGACGCCAGCCUCUCCCCAACCCAUCGUUCCUCAUUCCAGCUUUACAAAAACCAUAAAAAUCAACACUUUUUACUACCUUUAAUACCGCCCAAAAAAACCACACACAAAAUGCAGUCUUGGCUCCUCAAGUUUGGCGCCAUCGCCGCCCUGGCGCAGACCAUCUCCGGUGCCCACAUCUACGUCAAGACCACCAACCCUCCCGCCAACAGGUACGUCUCGCACUGCACGGUGAUCAUCGACGACGACCUGUUCGGCUGCAGCGGCAGCUCCAAACCCUUUUCCGAGGGCUGCGGUGGCAACCGGGGCGUUUCGAGCCAGAAGAUCUGCGGUGACGGCGAGGUCGAAGUCAACUGGCACUCGGGCGAACUCGUCUUCACUGCCCCCGAUGGACAGCACGCCAACUGCACGCUCAGCACGUCGCGGAGCGGUGGCGAGUGUGACACCGAAGACCCCAACAAGUACCCUCCCGUUCACUUCAAGAACGCCGCUAGCGGUCCCGUGAACGUCAACAACCUGCUGUACGGAAUGGGGUCGGUGGCCGCGGGCCUGCUUCUUUAAAUCGUUUCUGUUUAUUCGGAGUGCUGGAUCUUUAUGAGUACGAGGGGUUGCGCUGGAUGGUUGAUUUGGUAAGAUAUCUGGUGUUUUUUUGGUUUCUUUCUUUCUUGUAUAUUUGAAUUACUAUACUUCUUUUUGUAUGUAUAUUAGCACCAUGGCAU